CAAUUUUGACACGUAUAUAUGUACAUUUUCAGAUUUCAGAUCUUAUUGCUUUUCAAGUCAAAGUUUGCCAUAAAAUUCAGGAGAAUGAAGUGUCGGCAGUGUCGAUGAUUUUGAAGCAAGAGAGGGUGAAUAGUGGUUUUACAUCAGUGAGAUUUAAGAAGCUAUUCUGAAUAAUUUGAACUUUAGCCACGACGUCCACAGGAAGGUACGCCGCUGUAAAGGUAUACACUUACACACACACAAUAUCAAAAUAUGAGUAGAACAUUUUUCUUGUGAAAGACAGCGUUUUUGGUGUAUGUAUACAUAGUAUUUUAAUGUUCAACGUAACUUAUUUGUAUGCUUGGAAUGUCUAUUUUGUAAAUAUAUUAGAUCCGCGGUGCAGAACAACAACGUUCAACACAGAUAUUUAAACGAGUUGUAUUGGAUUAAGUUUUGAUAAAGAAAUGGGCACUACCAACUCUUCCAAUUAAAAGCCUUUACCAUCAUCUGAUGAUAAAAUAAGGGCAGAAUUAAAUGAGAUUAUCGAAAUGGGUGAUGAAAAUGUAGAACAAAAUCCCAGAGCUAAACUUUAUAAAUUGAUACUUUCAAGCCGGAAAAUUCAACGCCAUUCUAAAUUUGCUAUGAUAUUGCUUGUUGGAAGUAGUGGAUCUGGUAAAUCAUCAACAAUAAAUCAUUUACUGGGUACUGGAGUUGCUAAGACAAGUAAUAAUCAAUCAUCUACACAAAAAACAUCUGAGUAUAUUAUUACUUUUGACGAACCAAAGUAUGAAGUGAGUGACUUAACCAUGAGAAUUAUUGAUACUCCUGGCUUCAAUGAUGGUGAUGGUGAUAAACAAGAUGCAUGCAAUUUUCUAUGUAUUAAAAAGUAUUUUGAAACGCAUCCCGAAUUAAAAGAGGAAACUAAGAUUUAUUCAAAUAUUGUGUUCUUAGUCACAAAAGCCGAUGAUAACAGAAUUGAGGGACCUAAUACGCAACUUUCAAAAUCCUUAAGAUUCAUUAAGUUGUUGGAUGUUGUUGACAUCAGUCAUCCAAAUCUCGUCGUGAUCUUAACACAUGCUUGUUCUGUUGGUUACCAGAAAAUGGAAAAAUGGCACGAGACGAUGCAAGAAAAGAAAAAUUUUGUGUCAGAUCUUGUUUUUCAAACUUUGGGAGUGAGGGCGCCAGUCGUAUUGAUAGAAAAUAAUCCUGACAAUUAUGGACUUGAAAAGAAUGGAGAUUUCUCAAUUCUUCCCAAUGGUGAAAGACAACCUCUGAAUUUAUACAAUGCUUGCCUUAGCCUACUAAGAGAAAGCAGAGAUAAAGCAGAUAAAUUUGGCCAAAUGUUGUUGAAUGCUGCAUUUACACGAAAGAGAAAGAAUCGACCGACGAAUGGUCAUGAAGUUAAAGCCAAAAUUGCAAAAAAAGAGUCAUUAUCAGUUGAGGAAUUGAAACUCGCAAAUGAUUUUUAUGAAGCUUCUAAAAGAGGUUUUGACAAAGAAAUGAGCAAUGCUCUAGUUUCCAAGUUAAAGCCCUUACCAUCAUCUGAUGAUAAAUUUAAAGCGGAAUAUGACACUUUCAAGAAUUUUGAUGAAACUUCAGAACGAUUGCCACAGGCGAUACUACAUUAUUUUUCAUUGUCAAGUGCAAAAAUCCAACGCCAUUUUCAAUUUGCUAUGAUAUUGCUUGUUGGAAGUACUGGAUGUGGUAAAUCAUCAACAAUAAAUCAUUUAAUGGACACCGGAGAUGGAUUCCCAGUUGCUGAGACAAGUUAUUAUGGAUCACGUAAGAGAAAAACAUCUGAGUAUAUCAUUACUUUUGACGAACCAAAGUAUGAAGUGAGUGAUUUAACCAUGAGAAUUAUUGACACACCUGGCUUCAAUGAUGAUGAUGGUGUCCAACAAGACGCGUGCAAUUUUGUAUCUGUGAAAAAAUACUUUGAAACACAUCCCAAAUUUCUUUCGAAAACAAAGUUUUAUCCAAAUCUUGUGUUCAUAGUUGACAAAGCCAAUAAUAACAGAAUGAAAGGAGUCUAUACCCAUCUUUCAAAAUCCUUGAGAGGUGUCAAGAUGUUGGAUGUUGUUGACAUCAGUCAUCCAAAUCUCGUCGUUAUUUUAACACAUGCUUGUUCUGUUGGUUGUAAGGACGUGAGAAAAUGGCACGAGACCAUGCAAGAAAAGAAAAUUUUGGUGUCAGAUCUUGUUUUUCAAAUUUUGGGAGUGAGGGCACCAGUUGUAUUGAUAGAAAAUAAUCCUUAUGAUUAUGGACUUAAAAAGGAUGGAGAUUUCACAAUUCUUCCCAAUGGUGAAAGACAACCUCUGAAUUUAUACAAUGCUUGCCUUAGCUUACUCAAAAAAAGCAAAGAUGGAAACGAUAUCACAGAUAAAUUUGGACACAUGGUGUUGAAUGCUGCAUUUACACAAAAGAAAAAGGAAAAGCCAACAAAAGGUCAUGAAGUUAAAGCCAAAAUUGCAGAUGAAGAGGAGUUAUCAGAUGAGGAAUUGAAACUCGUAGAACGUUUUACUAAGGCUGCUGAAGAAGAAUCCUGAUAUCAGAUCACGCAUUUUUUCUAUAAAAGUUAUUUCCCACAUUUGCAAAUAUGUUUCGGAAGCAAGAUUUUUCUGUAGAAUACUUACUUACUUGUCACGGACGACUUUGUUUCAGCUCAGGUUUUAAAAUUAUCUCUCGUUUAUAAUAAACAAUUUAUCUGUAGAUAAUUGAAACUGUAGACAACGAAUUGUAUUUACAACGGAAUGAAAGUUGUUGCCUUGGGGCUAAAUGUGAACAUGGCACCAAGUAUAUUAAUGAUGGCUCUAGAUUUUGAUGUAAAUUACAGCAAAAAAAGGCAAUUGAAAGAAGAGAGAAUAGCAAUGAUAAGUGUAGAUGAAUUCGAUUCGAAGAAAAUUGCUUUUACUAAUGAGUUUCUGUCUGUUGUGGAAAAUCUACCAACUGAAAAUAUCGAGGACGAGAUUGUGAUGAAGGAGUUCAUAAAUUUUUUCAAUAAAUUUAGUCAGUUGUUUGUCAUGUCUGCAUAUGUUGGGGGAUCAUUUGUUUGUGAUAAUAAUAAUGACAUCAUAGAAUUGUCAAACCAAGAUGAAAAUAAUACUGGCGGUGGUAUCGGUGCAUACAUUAUGAGACAAACAUCAUUGAAUACAGAAAGCAACAAAGUCUUAAAAAUUCCAUCCUCUCAAUGGAGAGGUGGGCGUGUAGACUUGCAAGUUAAAGAAAAAUUCCAUGAAUGGAAAAGAUCUGUUGCCAAAGAUCCAGUGCUUUUAAAACAUGAAUUAACAUUGCAGCAAAUUUAUACGUUAGUUGGAAUAAUUGAUAAAAGAAAGGAAAUCUUACCAAACAAGCUUUCGACAAAUGUUUCAGAUUAGUACUUCAAGUCUUUACAGUAAUGAUUCUUCAAAAGCAAAUUCGCGAGCGGUGAGAAAGAAACUGGAGCAAGAAAAAGUAUGUUCUUCUAAUACAAGACUAGGUGAAGUUGAAGAACAGAGUUCUAGAGGAUUGAGGAAAAUGCUAGACUACAUCAAAUACAUUUUAUCAGUGAUUUAGUUCAAAAUUUGUUGUAUUUAUUGAAGAAAUAAGUCAACCUUCAAACAAAAAAUUUGAAGCAUCACUAUUGCCCUUUCACCGUUUAAUCUAAUUUGUCUAUUCACGUAUAGUACACAUUUAUUAUAAACUACCUGUAUUUAAAUAUUUAAUUCAAUCUGAAAAAAAAAAGGCAAUGAAGAUAGUACAAGCAUGCCAAAACAUGUAUGCAAUAAAACAGUUUAGAAAAA